UUGUUUAAAGGGCGGUCCUUAGACUUCAGGAAAUGGUUUCCAAGUGUUGUGCAUGAUAAGAAGGUAUGAUGGAUGCCACUCAGCAGAUUGAGGAUCCCUUCUGUGAAGAAGAAGAGGAAGAGGAGGAUAAAGGAGACCCAAAAAGAGAACAGUUAGCAACAUUAAAGGUGUUUAAAAAUGACCACAUACCAGAGGCAGAAUUUCCUCUCUAUGUCGGAGAAAAUAUCUUGGGUCGGGAUCCUGCUGCCUGUUCUGUUCUGCUUCCGGCCCGAUCUGUGUCCAGUCUGCAUGCUGUCAUCUCCAUCUCUGUAUUUCACUCUAGUAAACGUUCUGAUAAUGGUGAGGCUGUGGAAGCACUUAUAUGGGACAAGGGAAGUUUAAAUGGUACCAGAAAGGGCAGAUUAAAGCUGACGCCUCAGGUACGAUACGCUUUGACGGAAGGAGAGAGUGUGGUGCUCGCUGACGUGCCUUGUCAGUACAUUGGCUUGGACAUCUCCAAGAGAGAUACAUUGAAAACUCCAGAAAAAGGAGUGUGUGUAAAGGAGAAAAAAGAAAGUCCAGUGCUACCGAAUAGUGACUCAAAGUUGAGGAAAAGUGUGCAGAAUGGGUUAAAUGACAAAGAGAAAACGGCUUUGCCUCCUGUGCCUUUAUGGAGCCCUGAAGAAGAAGAACCCAGCAUAUGUUCACCACAGUCAGCUCACAAACAGCCUGAAAUCACCCUGGUGCCUGAAUCAGACUCCGAUGGAGAGAGCGCUACAGAUGAGCGGAAAGAUUUUGUUUCAGACUCUGCGUCAUCUUCUAAUCUGUCUAGUUCCGCAAGUUCAUCCUUCCUGACGCCUGCAAAAAAAGUAAUUCCAGAGAGUGAGGAUGAGAGCUCAUUCACUCCAUCUUCUGCCUCAGUCAACCGAUUCAGACGGAGUGAAAGUAACUGUGAACCCAGUUCAAACUCAUCUAAGCAUGGCCCCUUGGCCCUAAACUUGGACAGUGGCACUGAUUUUGAGGAAGAGGAGAUGAAGACAAGCAAGACUGAACCAUUGGCUACACCAGAAGUAGCUGCAAGAAUAGAGCCAGUAUCUUUGGCAGAAUUUCAUAUGGACAGUGAUACUGAUGUUGAGGAAGAGGAGCUAGAGACAGAUAAUGCUGGUCCAGAGGCUCAGGUAGCUAAGAAGUCUGUAACCUCAGCUGGUCUACGUGUAGAUAGUGAUACUGAUGUUGAAGAGGAAGAGAAUAACAAAACCGAACCAGAGGCUCAGAUUGAACAAUCUCCAAAGGUGGGUCCAGUAUCUUCAGGAGAUCUUCAUUUGGAAAGUGAUACUGAUGUUGAAGAAGAGGAGGAAGACAAAAGCAAACCUGAUCCAGUAGCUCAGACUGAAACUCCAAGGUUGGCACCAGUCUCUUCAGCAGAUCUUCAUAUAGACAGUGAUACUGAUGUUGAAGAAGAGGAAUCGGAUGCAAGUAAGGCAAAACCAGAGGCUCACAACGCAGUAACUCUUGAUAAACCUGCACCUUCUCCUGGUCUUCAUAUAGACAGUGACACUGAUGUAGAAGAAGAUGAGGAAGAGAAAAGCAAGACUAAACAAAAGGCUGAAAUAAUUAAAUCAGUAGCUUCAACGGAUCUUCAUAUGGACAGCGAUACUGAUGUUGAGGAAGAAGAGCCAGAAGCAAGUAAUGCUAAGCCAGGGGAUCUUGAUAAAUCUGAAUCUUCAGUUGGACAGUGUCAUAUGGACAGUGAUACUGAUGUUGAAGAUGAUAAUCCUGUGCAGGUUCCGCAACCCAUUGGAAAGGGAAUUGAUGUCAAACCUGCUACGUCAACUCCAGGGACAGAGCUUAACAUGGAUAGUGACACAGAUGUGGAUGAAGAGAAUGAGGAUAAGGAAAAGACCAAAGAUUAUCUGUCAAACGGUGGAACAGAUGAUGAAGAUCCUUUUAAACCUGUAGCAAGAAAAACUGUGAAGGUUUUCAAGAGUCAGGAGGCCUCUGGUGGAGGUGAUGAAGGAGAGCAGUCUGAAGGGAGCAUCCUUAAAAAACAAGAUCAACAUUCCCAAGCAAAGGCUAGUCUUGAGGAACCAACACAAGCUUUUGGCCACCUUGAAGAUGACUGGGACUUUAUACCCACACAAGCAUAUGGAGCUGCCAGUACUAGUGCUGUUCUAAAGCCAAAGCGGCUUGAUCUUGAGGCUACACAGGCAUAUGGAAUAGAGACAGACAGAGAGGAGGAACAGGAGGAGCCACUGAGCCAUAUCCAACCUUACACUAACCUCUCUACUGCUGAAACUCAACUCAUCCCUGUUGCAAAGCCUGGUGAUUAUGCUGAGGAGGAGGAUGAAGAGACACCAAAUGACUCUCACCUCUCCACAGCAGACACAGUAAUUAUUGCCAGCACCCCGAGAAGAGAGGAGCAGACUCAGGCCUUUUCUCUUUUCACAGCUCAAACGCAACUCGUCUGGGAGGGAGAAGGCAAAGAAGUUGAUCAAAGUGAGCCCACCCAGCUGAUAGAAGCUGAAUCAAAUGAUGAAAUGCAGGAGGGUGAAAAUGAGGAAAUGAUUAAACAAGGGAUGAAAACCCAUGGUACCGGAGCAGUUCAAAAUAGUAAAAACUCCAGCUCCUAUCUUAUAAUUCCUGAAACUCAGCCUAUGUGUGAGGAUGAAGAAGCAAUAGCUGCAGAUCUGAGUGGGGAUGAAUUUCAGAAACCAAGUAUUAGAAAACAGGAUAAGAAAUAUGAUACUUCACAUUAUGAUAAAAACAUCCCCAGCUCCCAUGUCACUCUAGCAGAAACACAACCAAUGUGUGAUGAUGAUGAAUUACCAGGUCAGGAUGAUGUAUUGAGCAGUGUUCAAACAGAAAAACAUGUCAGUUCCCAUAUUGCCAUUGCUGAAACACAACCUAUGUUUGAGGAAGAAGAGGUGCAAGAUGAUGACCUGAAAACUGAGGCCAGCAGAAGACAUACUGACAAAGAUGAACCUGUGCAAUAUACUGAAGAAGCUUCGACCUCUGGUUUUUCCAUUUCCAAAACACAACCUGUUUGCGGAGAAAAUGUGAGACAGGAGCUCAGAAGCAAGACAUCUAGCAGAAGAUCAUGCAGGGGUCUAUCAAAAAAAGGUAAGGAUGUCCCACUGCCUGAUGAAGCUGUGUCCAGUCCUGCUAUCACAGAAACGCAACCGAUCUGCAUGGAAGAAAAAGCACCAGAUGACAAUCUUAAGGGUGAAGUCAGCUCUGGGAGUACAAGGCAACAAGCAGGUGAAUUCAAGUCUAUAGAGCUUGCUGAAACAGAGCCUAUAAGUGAUGAACAGCAGGCACCAGGAGAAGAUAUGCCUGAUGCGGCUAGACCCAGGCGGAUAGAUGAAGAUAACUCCAUAGAGUUUCAAAAGCCCUCUAUCUCCCAUUUCACCAUAGAUGAAACGCAGCCUGUGGUUGAGGAAAAUGAGGGACAUGAGAAAAUGUUCAGCAACAAGACAGCAAGCAGAAGGUCAUGCAGAGGAAAGGCGAAGAAAGAAGAGGAGGUUUCACAAACUGCUGAGACUGCUGAAAACCAACCAAUUCCUGAAGAACUUAUUGAAAGAGCUGAGCUGAAUAGUGAAGUCAAAUCCAGGAGAUCCCGCAGGACAAGACUUAUUAAGGAAGAGAAGGUUCCACAACCUUCUGAUGUGGUUAUCGGUUCUGUUUCCACCAUAUCAAAAACGCUGUCUGUUUAUGAGGAUGAGACUGAAAGAGAUGAAGAUCUGAGUGUGAUUAGAUCCAAAAGAUCUUGCAGAGGACGACAAAAAGAUGAAGGUGAACCUCCAAAGGCUGCUGAACUAAACGCUGGUCUCACGGUGGUUGAAGCACACCAUAUGUUUGAGGAAAAUGCUCAAGAAGAACCUAGUAGCAGAACUAGCAGGAGACAAGGGAAAGAUAAGGCAAAGGAGGAGAGUGUAAUACCUGCAUCUAGUAAAGUCCAAGUUAAAAGUAGAAAAGUGCAGGAUGGAAAAAGAAAGAGGGGGAAAGAAUUGUCUGAGGAUGAGGUAGAAAGUGAAGAGGAAAAAAUCAUAAGGAAAGGAACCAGAAGAACUGGUUUGAAACAAAAGUGUAGUGAAAAGGAAGAAGAGGAAAGCGUGGAGGAGAGGAAUGUCCAGGAAGAGAAAGAAAAAAUGAAGAAAGAACAGGUGGAGACAGAGAGACUACAGAAGGAAGAAAAUGAGAGAAAUGAGCAAGAACAUGAAGAGAGUGAGAGAGCUGAAACUGAAAGACAAAAGCUAGAACAAGAGCAGAAAGAACAAUUGAAAAGGGAAGAAGAUGAAAAAAGACAAGAGAAUGAAAGAAUACAGAGGGAAAAAGAUGAAGAAAGAGAAGAGAAGGAAAGGUUGGAGAGGAAGAGAAACGAGCAAGAAGAACAAAGACAAAAAGAGGAGGAAGGAAUUCAAAGAGAUAAGGAACAAAAAGAAAAUGAAAUAUUACAGGCAGAGAAGGAACAAUUAGAAAAGGAGCGGCAAGAAAAUGAGGCAAGAGCACAAAAAGAAAGAGAUGAGGGGAGCCUUAAGAAAGGACAAAAGAAUAAGCAGUUGGACAAGAACAAAUCUGAACUAGAACCUCCUCUACUUCCUCCAACCAGGCGAUCACGCCGCUGUUCAAGCUCCUCUCUGAAUUCUGAUCAGUCUGCAACCUCACAACAGGAGCCAACCAGCCAGAGGGGUAGAGGGCGGGGUAGAGGACGGGGCCGAGGGAAACAGACAACUGGCGAGCAGCCCAUCAGUGCUAGACAGUCUAGCCGUAGAGGUCCAGCUUUUGAAGUCGCAGACACAGAACAAGACUCCAGUUUAACAACCCGAUCAAGAUCUCGCUCCAGUUCUAGAAGUUCUGAGAGAUCUGCUAAUAGUGUCCAGUCCUCAAAUCAAGGAACAAGAGGACGAGGAAGAGCCAGGAAGAGUGUGAAUCUACCACAACCUGAGGAAGUUUCCCAGACUAAACCUUCUGAAAGAGGCAGGGGGAGAAGAGGCAGGACUUCUGGUGUGGAAAAUGUAGACGUCGGAAUGAGCAAUGAGCUUAAACAAGAUGCGAAGAUGGUUGAAGACAAUACUGCUGUUUCCCAAACCAACAGCAGAGGUCGCAAGAGAACAGCCAUCACAAGCACUACUGCAGAAGAGGCUCUUUCUCCCACACCCAAGACUCCACGGCGCUCGCUGGCCAGUCAGGCACACAAGGUGUUGUUCACUGGACUGACAGAUGAGAGUGGAGAAAGAGUGGUCUCUCGGUUGGGUGGAACUCUGGCAAAAGGGGUAAACGAUAUGACUCACUUGGUGACUGACAAGGCAAGACGCACUGUUAAAUUUUUGUGCGCUGUUGCCAGAGGGGUACCAAUCGUGACUCCUGACUGGCUAAAGAAGUGUGGAAAAGCUGGCCAUUUCAUUUCUGCUGACGAUUAUAUAUUGAAAGACAUUGAGCAAGAGAAGAAGUUUGAUUUCUGCUUAGAGAAGUCAUUGCAAACUGCACAAAGUCAAUCUCUUUUAAAGGGUUAUGAGAUUCAUGUAACGCCAUCUGUGAUGCCAGAGCCAUCUCAAAUGAAAGAAAUCAUAACCUGCUGCGGAGCACGUUUCCUUCCCAAAAUGCCCUCUGCUCACAAGGAGCAUGUUGUUGUGGUGUCAUGUGAGCAGGACAGAGUACUUUGUGCGAAAGCAGUGGGUAUGUCAUUGCCCGUGGUCAGCACAGAGUUCCUAUUGACUGGCAUUCUGCAGCAGAGAGUUGACCUGCAGGCCUAUUCUCUCACUUCCUCCCUCGACACGUCCAAUCAGCCUCCAGCCCCCAAAAAAGCUGCUGCCAGGGGCCGUAGGAAGUAGCGACAGUGACUCAGGAAAGGACUUUCUGUGUAAUUCAUUUGUGACAUUCGAAGAUUUAAAUUCAUACAGCUGAAGUUGAAUGAAAUAAUGUGCCAGUUUUAUGAAUACCGCAAUGAAAUAGAUGAAGUGCUACGCUUGUAAUCACACACCCGCAGUUUGCUGUGAAUGUGAUAGUGUGAGGUGGCUGUCAAUGAAUGACAAGUGUUAGUGAUGGAUAAUUUAACUCCUUUCUGUAUUUUUAGAGAAAUCAUUUAAGUAAACCCAAUCAAAGUCUAAAUAAAAUAGAUAUUGUGCAUUUUUGCAAUACCCCUAGCCUUACAAAUGCAGAUAAAUAAAAAUAAAAUGAAGAUUUAAGUCAUCAAAA